AUGGACAUCGGUAGCAGUUAUCUCAGCGUUAUUGCACGGUCCGGAGUGCCGGUCAUGCACGCUGCUGUUUUACCUCCUUCGGGCAAAGUAUUGUUCCUGGACAAAGUCGAAGAUUACUCCGAGCUGCGCUUGCCGAACAAUCGAUGGGCCUAUUCCGCGCUCUACGAUCCAGAUACGCAUCACCUUAGUCCGCUGUCAGUCGCGACAAACCCCUUUUGCUGUGGUGGGAGCUUUUUGUCAGAUGGACGGCUUGUCACAGUCGGCGGGAACGCCCCAUUGCUCUGGCUAGACCCGACAGUUGGGGACGGCUUCGAUGCAAUUCGGUACAUUGGAGAUGAAGGUGGCAACUAUUCAUGGAAAGAGCCUGGAAAUAAAUUGGCCUCCAACAGAUGGUAUGCAACCGCACAGACCCUGGCAGAUGGCAAGAUCUUCGUGGCAGCAGGAAGUUUAAACGGACAAAAUCAGUUCAACUUCAGCAACAAUAACCCAACCUACGAAAUUCUCGAUGUAAACGGUGUCAGUCAAGGCGAAAACAUUCCAAUGAACAUUUUGGUCAGGACUAUGCCGUACUAG